ACUACACUUCCCACCCUUGUGCGCACACCUACCUUGAUGAUGCAGCCUUCCCUGGAUAUCAAACCCUUUAUGUCCUUCCCUGUGGACAGCAGCUCUGCUGUUGGAUUCUUCCCAAAUUUUAACACAAUGGAUCCUGUGCAAAAAGCAGUCAUAAACCAUACAUUUGGAGUCUCCAUUCCCCCAAAGAAGAAACAAGUCAUUUCCUGUAACGUCUGCCAGCUUCGCUUUAACUCUGAUAGCCAGGCCGAGGCCCACUACAAAGGAAGUAAACAUGCCAAGAAGGUCAAAGCACUAGAGGCAACGAAAAAUAAACCCAAAGUUGGUUCUUCCAAGGACAGCGCAAAGGCUAACACAAGCUGCUCCACCACGCCAGUCACAGCCAACAUCUCUGACAAAUCAGAAGAUAAAGGGAAAGCAAAACCCAAUAGUGUGAGUCAGCAGUCCAGUACAGAAGUGGGUCCUUUUCUUCCCAAACCUGGAGUGGCAGCAGUGGCACCUGUGACACCUGCCUCAUCCUCCAAGAGCACAAAUGGAGCCCCAAACACAGUUUCUGAGUCAGAAGAGGAAAAAGCCAAAAAACUACUUUACUGUUCAUUAUGCAAAGUGGCUGUGAAUUCUCUGUCACAACUAGAAGCCCACAAUACAGGCUCCAAACACAAGACCAUGGUUGAGGCUCGGAAUGGUGCUGGUCCCAUCAAGUCUUACCCCAGACCUGGAUCCCGACUGAAGGUGCAGAAUGGCAGUAAAGGCUCAGGACUGCAGAACAAGACAUUUCAUUGUGAAAUCUGUGAUGUCCAUGUUAAUUCAGAAAUUCAGCUUAAACAGCACAUUUCCAGCCGAAGGCAUAAGGACAGAGUUGCAGGAAAGCCUAUGAAACCUAAAUACAGUCCUUACAACAAACUGCAGCGCAGCUCAAGUAUUUUAGCAGCAAAACUUGCAUUCCAGAAGGACAUGAUUAAGCCGCUGGCACCUGCUUUCCUUUCAUCUCCUCUUGCUGCAGCUGCAGCUGUAUCGUCGGCUCUGUCCCUUCCUCCCCGUCCCGCUGCCUCUUUGUUCCAGGCGCCUGCGAUACCACCAGCUCUCCUCAGGCCAGGCCAUGGUCCCAUCCGGGCAACACCUGCCUCCAUACUUUUUGCACCAUACUAA